AUGGGGGAUGAGGAAGCUGCUACAUUAGAUGGUCAAUUCUACGAGUUCGCUAAAUAUAUGGACUUGGAGAAGAAGAGAGAUGGUAGCACGAUAACUCUGUACCGCAGCGACUUCUGGUUCCGACAGUCCAAGCUCAUAGAUGACAGGAAACUGACCAUGACCGAUACUGGCUUGGUCUGGUUCAAGUGGUGUAAAACGGAGUUGGACUGGGACGAGUGGUGCCAAUUCCUGCAGGACCUCUGCGUGGAGAAAGAGCUGGACUACGAGUUUGUGGAGAUGUCCCUGACCAACUGCGGCCUCCCUGGGACCCUCACUGUCCUGGUACCCCAGUACCGAGACUACUUUGACAAUUAUAAGCCGAAAUCCCUACUUAUGUUUUAA